CAGCCGCUCGCACGCUGUGGGCUCCUAAUGAGAUCUCAGCAUACAUCCAAAUGCAGACUGGCAGACUUCUUGAGUACAUCACAGAUCAAAUUCCAGUAAACAGCACAACAGCAGAGCCUGUGCAACAAGGAUCUGGCAUCAGGGUCACCGUUUACGAUCCUGCAAAAAAACUUCACAGACAGAGAGACAGUCCGGUACAGGAGGAAAGAGCUGUUCCUCAGGAGGAGUCCCGUUUCCUUUACCCCCCGUGGGUUCCACACAGCCCCACAGCGGCCGUUCCACAGCAGGCAUCAGUCAGCCAGCCCUUGGACUUUUACAUUGAUGCAGUGCACUACAUCCCUGAUAAUGCAACUAUAAUAAAGGUGACUGGAAGAAUCAUGCGAUCAGGGUUAGAGGAUCUGCCUGACAUCUUGGCUCUUCCAGAACUCAAGACGUCAGCGAGAAACCCAGAAUUCCGCUAUCGCAUGACAGUAAAAGCAGAUAACCAAAAACCACUGGACCCACAUAUGAUGCUUUUGCUGCGGGUCUAUACUAUUGAUGUAGACUCUGGAGAGCUAUGUGUUAUAGGGAACUGCAUUGCUCGAGUAUUUAACAACCACGGGCAAUUAAACGCUGGGGGGUUUCAGCUCAGAUUACGAGGAGGGAUGCCAUCAAAGGACCCAGUCGCCCUUACAGAAUCAUCACUCAAUCACCACCCUGUAAUUCCAUGCUGCACAGUCCUUAUCCGAAUUCUUCCUCACGUGACUGAGCCAGCCCCCACUCCCAGCUACCUUAGUGGAUUUUACUUCACUGAUGAAGCAAACCCCAAUAAAUCAGAGCUGGAAAUGAUCUCCACCUUCCAGAGGGAUAAGAACUUCCCAACAACUGAGGAAGAUCUGGUCCAGCUGCUGAUAGGGAAAGAGCAAGCUAACAUUCCACCCGAUCAGUGGCUUGCCUGGUUUAAGGAGCUCCCACCUCAACACCCCCCCGCACACCUCAGCAUACACCAUAUGGUGCGCUAUCACCAGCAAGCUGGCAUUCGUUGUUCACAUCGCACAGGCAUUCGGGCUUCCUGAGGGCCUGCAUGUGAAUGCCUUUGCCAGAAUUCUGAAAGGAGCUGCUAGUUUACACCUUCCUGAACUUCCAGAAAGCUGGGGUGGGGAGGAGAAGUUUCUAACUCGCCAGCGUGAUCUUACAAGUCUUCAGAAGUCUCCUCGUUGGACUGAUCCAUCUACAGUGUGUACACUAUGACUGUGGUUUGGCUUGCCUACUUAACUGUUCUCAUUUUUUAAUCUGAUUUAUUUGUUUGCAUUUCUAAAUUUCAAACAGAAUUGAUUUAGUGUGUGCUGCUGGAUUAUUCCUGUACUUAUUCCCUUUGCUUAAUAUGUAUUCACUUUUUUGUAUGGGUUUGGUUCCAGUUUCCAACAACUGCCUUCAGUCCUUUAAUGGUACAGUAGUUAAUAUUUUGGCAACCUGAGACUCUGGCAAAGCUUAAACGUUCCUUUCUUUUUUAUAUACUGUUUAAAAAGAAAAGUAAACACGGUGCAGUAAACUUGUUAUUCAAGAAUUGUAAUUAUAAAAAAAUUCUGUGGAUUCUGUGAAUAGAAUGUUCAUUCCCAGAGGUUCCAAAGUUCUCAGUUUAAAGGUAAACUCUUGUUCCUUUUGUUUCCGAGCAACAUUUGUUCCAUAGCACUGAUUGAUCGCACAGACUGUGAUGUCUUCAUAUACAUAUAUAUAUAUAUAUAUAUAUAUAUAUAUAUAUAUUUGUUGUUGUUGAAAUACAUAUGUGGA